ACUGAUCGAACGUCAAACCGACCAAAGACUCGCGAGUGCGAAAUUGCGAAAUAAUCUAGAUUUUUGCGAAUCAAAUUAUCUUAUUGAUCCUUCUUCACGUACGCUUAGUGCGUCCUUGUGAAUCGCGUGUUCUAUGGCCUCCAGAAUAGUGGCCACGGCCACGGUGCGUGCCGUAAAGAAUCGAAAGCUGUUGCCCGCUCGUGCGGCUCUCUCGCUGACACCCGCAGCCGUGAACAGGAUAAAGCAACUUUUGGAUGGCAAAAGCGAAUACAUCGGCCUGAAGGUGGGAGUGCGGCAACGGGGAUGCAACGGACUAUCCUACACGCUAGACUAUGCUUCUGUGAAAGACAAAAUGGACGAGGAGGUUGUUCAGGAUGGGGUCAAGGUUUUAAUAGACAAGAAGGCUCAACUGUCGCUAUUAGGAACGGAGAUGGACUUUGUGCAGACUGACUUAUCCGCGGAGUUCGUGUUUAACAACCCGAACAUCAAGGGCACGUGUGGGUGCGGUGAAUCGUUCAGCAUAUAAUCGAUGUGAGCCCACGGCUCGAAACUAUCCCCUUGUUGAAUGCCUCGUUUAGAAAAGCUAAAAGCAGGAUUCCACCAGCGGGAAUCACGAGGCUUACGAUCCUUCGUAUAAGUUAGGAUGUCGCUUUAGGUUGUUUUUAUGCUAGUGUGAGCUUCACAAACUGUACAUACACAAAUCUUAGUGCAAAAUAGUAGCUGUUUGUUGUAAUAAAUUCCUCUUUCGAUAGCUAGA